CUUGAGAUGCGUGACUUCUAAUUUUGCAUGACGAUCCGCCGUGUUAUGAUGACUUCUCUGGCUGAUAACUUCGAAGAUGACGCUGUCAGAUUUUGUUGAAGCGAAUUUAAUCAUGUUAGAACAAUAACAUUAAUAUCCUGCAAACGUUGCGAUUAAAACGUCUCUUAAAAAUACAAAUCUGUAUCAGAGAGAAGCAUCAUUAAAUUCCAGAGUAUAAUGAUACAAAGUACAACGAUUUCUCCGACCAAUGAGGAAACGGAACAUUCGAAAUUUCACACUAGCGUCCUCUGAAAUCGCUGAAUCGUACUAAUCUACUGUGCUUUCUGUCCUUUUUCUUCCUUCAAAUAAAAAGAAGGAUAGAUAGUGUAGUUUUGCAGUAUUCGCAGUGCUACCUGGACUACAGCUAUCUGUAUCCACUCACGUGCGUCCAACAUGUGUGUAAACAUUCUACUUUACGAGUUUUUAAAUUUCUGACCCAGCGCAGCGGCUGCGACUCUUCUGAAACGAAGAAUCAACCCUCGAAGAUAAAUGUCAAACAUGGACAGCUUUGAUCGCGAGCAAUCUCACGUGAACUCAAGACUCUGACUUCUCAAGAGGAAUUACCAUUCGACAUCUACAUCAGUGGGGGAUGGAUGAUAAUUACAACUCGUGUUUCUACGCGAAUGCGUGUCACGUGUGCAAGCGGUUCGGCGACGGGGUUCGUUUAAAGAGAUGCGGCGGCUGCGGGAUGAUAGCGUACUGCGAUCAGCGGCAUCAGAAGCAGCACUGGCCACGGCACCGACGUCUGUGCCACGCUAUCCAGGAAGUGGUGAGAGACAACGGGUUGCAGGUCCGCCAGGUAUCUCCGCAGGAGUGGGCCCAGCUGAAGAUGAACCUCAUGCUGCUGGUGGCGAUCAGGUUGCCGCGCCGCCUGGAUGAGUACGAGACGCAGAUGUUCAAGUUCCCCAGAGCCUGCCUGGUUUGCCACGAGCGGAGCAAUCAGCUGCUGGAGGAUUGUCGGUACUGUGCGAGCGUCAGCCUCUGCGAGGAGCACAGAAACGAUCCCGCGCAUUCCCGGCACGCCUGUUGUCAGCUGAAACUCUGCUUCAACUUGGACAAAGAAUUAUCCGUGAACGUGAACGGUGAGUCGCCGAAUCUCGACUACUUGCAGCGCGUCUCCGGUAGCAGGACGUGCCGGAACAUGAAGGAUUUCAUAGACGCCCACAUGGAUGUUGCCCAAGGUCAAUCGGCACUGCCACCGGCAGACGUGUCGGUAGCAGUACACUCGGAGUACCUCACGCGACCCUUGACGCUGGUCCACGGAUUGCGGAUGCUGGAUUACGUUCCACGAGGCGACAGCCUGGUCGUCCACGUCGUGGCAGCGAAUUUCAUCGAACUGGAAACUGCGAGGGCUUGGGAGAUCCUGCUGCACCUGAUGUCGAGUCUGGCAUUGGUAAGGCUCGUGAUGAUCGGACCGGAACUGCCGUCUGAGAUCGUCUCGACGAGUGUCUGCGAGGAUUGCGUCAGACAGAGGAAAGAGCUUUCGUUUGAGAUUCACAGUGCGCUGUACGAGAACUAUGUACGCGGCUCGUCGUUCGUGAGGCCGGAUGUGGUCGCGGGGUUCAACACGGGCAUCCACGAGCGCGAGGAAGCGACGUAUCCUGAAGAAACGUGGGCGUCGUCCGUACGAGCGUUGGCUGAGCAAGGCUGCCCGCUGAUCCUGUCUUGCUACACGCGAGUGGAGGCGGAGAAGGAAACGGCUAGAAUAAAUGCUAUCCUGGGGAAGGAGACGAAACACGUUUACGCUGGGAUAAAUCCGUUCGCGGGUCUAAGGCCGUACAGAGAUUUUGAGACUGAGGGCAUCUUUUAUCAGAAUAAUUAUGUGAUCGUUUACAGCAAUCUUUGACUGUGAUUAUUAAGAAAUGUUAAGUAUUAUACAUCCAAGUGAUUCCACUGCGAUCAGAGGUUUUACAGCCUGGUUGUUUUGGUACCAUCAUUGUGAAUGAGAUCCAAGAUACAUAUUUUAUACAUGGUUUAUACACAUAAAUGUAUAUAUUACUGUUUCAAAAAAA